UAAAUCCCUACCGGGGGUUCCCUUUUCAUUUGUAUUUGGAAGAGUCCCCCGAUUUCAGAGGGGGCUUCUUUGUCUAGUUAUGAAACUUUCCACUGUGCUAGUUCUCUGCUGCAGUUUUUUCUCUAGCAGAGCCAAGCCUCUUGCAACCCAGGAUGCAGACUGUGAUGACCCUAAUGUCUUUGAAGCUGUGGACAUAGCACUGAGAAAAUAUAAUGGAGACAAAACAGAUGGCAACCAGUUUGCUCUGUACAUGGUGAUGGAAGCCAAGAGAAUAGCAGGCCCUGGAAAACAGUUCUUUGUGAUGUACCGAAUAAGAGAGAGCUCUUGUGCUGUUGGGGGAGAUAAACUCUGGCGAGAUUGUGAUUACAGAGCAUCUGCAGAAGCUGAAUCAGGCGAAUGUACAGCUCAAGUUUAUGUUGAUGAGACUGAGAAAAUCAGUAACGUUACACAAGAAUGCAGAAUUAUCCCAGCUGAAGGAAAGGUGAUUCUUUCCCAUGCCCCAUGUCUUGGAUGCUAUCAUCCCAUACCAGGGAACAGCCUACAAUUGUUACCCAUUUUGAGAUAUGCUAUUCGGCUCUUUAAUCAUCAGAGUGACCAAUCCUCCCUUUUUGAAGUUGGUAAAAUAAUAAAAGCCUCCAGGCAGGUGGUGGCUGGAUGGAAUUAUGCAGUUGAAUAUGAAGUUGAGGAGACUAAUUGCACCAAGAAUAAUUUUCAGGAUUUAAGUCCUGAGUGCAAACCCCUUGUUGGAGGUCUUGUAGGUACCUGUGAAGCCAAGGCCUACGUGGAUCUUAGUGACACACUCGUGGAUGUUGCACAGAAAUGCAAGUUUCCAGAUGCAUUGACUCCCAUUUGUCUUGGCUGUCCAAAGCCCAUCCCAAUUAACAGUAAAGAACUGGAGGAACCACUGAGGGCUUCCCUGGAGAAGUAUAAUGAAGAGAGCCAUGACGACUUCUAUUAUAAAGCUGACGUAAUAGUACAUGCCACAGUGCAGGUGGUUGCUGGACAAAAUUAUAAUAUAACAUUUAGAAUUAGGAAGACAAACUGCUCAAAGACAGAUGUCAAGAAACUGAAUGAAGAUUGUGCGGCUACAAUAGACGGUGAAUCUUUGCAAUGCACAGCACAAGUUUAUGUGAUACCCGGGACAAAGACAGUAGGCCCUAAGGUUAGCUGCACCAAAGAGCAGAAUCUAUUAAUGAGAAGGCCUCCAGGCUUUACUCCUUUCCGAUCUCUAUAUGAGGAAGCUGAAACCAUUCAACACCUCCCCCAAAUUGAAAAGGGACCUAUAGAAGGGCAAGCCCCUGCCAGGGGGGCAGGAAAAGAUGUUAGGCAUGAACCAGCACAUGAACAGGGUCACAGACAUGACAUUGGGUGUGGACCAGAACAUGAACAUAGAAGUGGACAUGGACAUGAUGAUGAACAUAGGUACAGACAUGAUACUGGGCAUGAACCAGAACAUGAAAAUAGACGUGGACAUGGACAUGAGGGUGAACACAGGUGCAGACAUGAUAUUGGGUGUGGACCAGAACAUGAACAUAAGGAUAAACAUGGAUGUGGGCACGGGCAUGGAAAACAUAAGGAUAAGCAAAAGAAGAUAAAGGACAAACAUAAACAUUCAAAAGAUGAGUCUUCUGAAGAAUCCCAUGAGAAGGUCACUAACCAAAAGGAGACACUGAUAGCUGCAGUAGCUGAAAUAACCGAAGGUACACAAUCUCAUAAGCCUGAUCUGGUAGAGCUAGAUGUGCUAUCUAGUACUCAGCAGUCCGCAGUAGAUCCAACAGAUGGUUUUAUUGAGAUCCCUGAUCUCCCUGCAGAACCAGACAGCCCUGGAAUUAUUCCCAAUAUUCCUUUAUUUGAUGGGUUGCCAGAUCUCCCAGAACCAUCUGUCCCAAAGUGUCCAGGAAAGCCAUGGAAACCAAUCAUAAACCUCUCAACUACUACUAACAAACCUAAAGUACUGACAAAUGAGGAUCUUUUACCACAUUCGUCUGAAGACACCACCCCAGUACCAGAAAAAAAAGCACCUACCCCCCAGAGCUCAGGUGAUUUUGACCUCUUGGAUAUUCUACUGUAAUUCAAACAAUUUAUAGUCCAUUUUUUUAGGCAACAAACAGAAAAUCAUAAAAAUUAUUUUCUUUUGAAAUGUAUAAUAGUAUAGAGCAGUGGUUCUCAUUUUGUUAGCUAUGAUACUUAAAAGAGUCACCAGCAGUUUUCUGGAGGAAUUGAGAGCAUGAGCCAAUUCUCUGUGCCUGACUCUCUCCUUACACAGGUGUAGAUCAGGAGUAACUCCAUUACAAUCAAUGAAUUAUACUGGCAUAGAAAAAGCAUAAGUGAGAGGAAAGGCCACUUUUCUCUAGUUUUCUGCAGAAGUGGAUUUAUUCAGUUACUUGCAACUCAUCAUCCUCACCUCAGAUGCCAGAAGCACACUAAGAACCACUGCACGGAUUCCAUCGCACCAUGUUUGAAACAUUGUGGAAACCAGUAUAAAGAAUUCUGGGAGUCAUCUGAGGAAAUCCAGUCAAAUGAAGCUUGAAAAGAGGGCACAGUAUGAAACAGGGUGAGAAUCCCUUCCUUAGAUGUUUAAAACCAUAUUUUUCAUCUCUGCAGGACUGAUAAAUGUUUGGAGAAUACAAAAUAACAAAAUAAAAGGAAAAUGUAUGA